ACUUUCCAGUGUUAGCAUCUCAGACCUCUUGGAUACAUUGCUGUAAAGUGUUGGCCUCCCUCCUUCUUCUCUGCAGGUUGUAACUAUGAUUAAGGAGGAUGUUAUAGAAGAAACCAAGAUCGAUCUUGGGGGAGAGGAGCAGCAGACUGAGGUCAAUGCUGCCCUGCCUCAAAAUGAAACCACCCCAUUGGUGGGGAGCCGGGACCCCAAAGGAGUUAAUGCACAUUUGAGGGUGACUUUUGAAGAUGUGAUAGCAGAACCCCAAUCGAUCCACAGCUUUGACAAGGUGUGGCUCUGGAGCCAUGCCUUGUUUGAAGUCUCCAGACUCUGGUUCUACAGAAUAAUCUCCCUCAUCCUCGCUGUUCCUGUUUCUUUAAUUGUUGGAAUUCUAUUAGCCAUACUAAGUUGCCUUCACAUUUGGUGCGUGAUGCCAUGUGUCAGAGUCUUCCUGAUCAACAUGCCUUCCAUUCAGACAAUCUGGGGAUCAAUUUUAGACACCGCCAUUGCACCAUUCUUCAGGAGUAUGGGGAAAUGUUGCAGUGCCAUCAAUGUACACCUGUCUCGUGACUGAAAUCCUACAUCACCUGUUAGUUUGACUGGUGAACAAUCCCUGGACAACAUUAACACUACUGCCUCUCUCAGUAGGCAAUGCUCUGACUCCAGCAACACUGUGUAAAUGCAAUAGCACAGUAAGAUAUA